AUAUGACACGCAGGGUUAUGAGAGAAGUUGCUCAUUACGCAACAAAUAAAUCCUGUUCUGAAUCUCUCCAAACCGAAGAGACAAAAUGAUUUAAUGCUUGCCUGGCUAGAUGAAGCAUUUGAUAUUCAACCGUAUCCUCGCAAACAACGUGGACAUGGGAGUGAAUUGAAGGAAACUAUAAAAAACAGGAAGCUGGCAGUGCAAAAACCGGAGGAAACUGCAACAACAAAUCUUCGAAGAAAAGUACGUUGCUUAUCAACUCUCCCUGAAAACGCAUUGAGAUCAGGAGAGAGUGAAAGACUGAACUUGAAGCCAAAGACCAAAUAUAUUGGUGACAUGGAACAGGAAGAAAUAGGACCAGAGAACUACUACACUCGUCCUUUAGAAGAGUCUGAUAUAGAGUCAGAUGAAGUCGCAGAUUCAAAGAACUAUAGCAAUCAAGAUCACUUACAGAAACCCAAACGUUGCUCUCUAAGAACAGAUGUCUGUAGAGAAUCAAAAGCAAGUUGUCUGGACGUUCAUGAGCCGUCCCUCACCACGACCACUAACAACUCUUUGAGUCAAACUGUUGCAAACGCCAAGUCACUGAUGUGUCAACCUGAUGAACGAGGGCUUGGUGGAGGUGGAGAGCAAACACAUAUUCCAACAAGUGCACCAGCUAAAUGUGACAUGAAAAAAGAGGGAAUGGGAACGGAGAUCAACAUGUGGAAGAUGCGGGCAAACCGAGUGAAACAAAUCCUCUCUGCUGAAGAGUUUGGUCCAUUCAAUAAGUCCAAGAGUUUUGGCCUUGAAUUCAACGUUGGAUAUGGACCAAAGAAAAACUUCAGUGUUGACUUAGUGCGUGAUUCAUUUUUGGUUGAACUUGCUAAAUUUGCCCUCGCAAUGAAUUCAUCUCAACAGGAUUUCAUCAUGGAGAUACUUGAGAACAAUUUUGACCUCAACCUGAAGUCUGAAUUCCAGAGAAAUUUUUUCACCUAUGAAAUGAUGAAAAGAGUCAGACAUCUGAAGGAAUGUGAAGAUUCAGUCAAGUUCUCCAAAGAGGUCUUUAAGCUGCAUGGUCCCCUUCCACCAAUAAGGACGGCCAGUCAGAGUGUGAACAGUGUCAACGCUGAACUCAGCAGCAUAUCAAAGAUGGAGGAGAGUGAAGUCGCCUGUGGGUUUCCUCUUCAUUCACAGGCUGAAGAACAUAUUUCAGUAAACAGUAUGGAUCUGUAUCCCUUCUGCAAGAAGAUUGGUCUGAAACUACAUGUGGACAUUACUCAACCAAAAAAGAAACAGGAUAUCAACAGACUGACCUAUGGAGCGAUGACGGAAGUGACAAACUUUGCAGAAAGCUUGUGUGGAACAUUUGAGCAGAUUUGUGUUGACAUCCUAAAACACAACUUGGAUCUUGAUUUGCAAUGUGGAGGAUUUUACUAUGUCAAAAGUAUGGUUGCACGAAUCCCUGCUGUGCUGGAGAAAAAAAAUGUAAUAAAGGUUCUAUCAAUUAGAGGCCACAAGACAAAAGGCUUAACAAACGUGAAACUGGAAUCCCUGAACCUCUCAAAUUCAGAUCCUGCUAAUGCCAGUUCUUGCCAGGCUUCAGUCAAAAAUCAAGAAGGUAGUUUGUUUGACACAAAACACCAACCUAAGCUCAACUUAAAACUGUGGCAGUUGAGGGAGAAUCAAAUUCAGCGAAUCCUCUCAAGACCUCAUGUAGAACAUUGUCCACUUUAUUCUUACUCCAGAUGCAAGAAACUGGGCAUUGAUUUCAAUGUAGGAUCUGGAGUCCAACAGAAUAUUGAUGCCAAACUACUAACCAAUGGCAUCAUGGUUGAACUUUCUACUUUUGCCACAGAGAUGGUAUCAGCCCAAAAGUAUUUCAUCACAGAGAUACUGGAGCAUAAUUUUCAUCUGGAUUUCAACAAUGAGCUGAAUCGCUGUGCCUUUGCAAAGGAGAUUCAAAUUAAAGUUAGGAGUCCAAAUCCUCAAAAUUUCAAAAAAGAAUUUGAACUUCCUGACACAAAUGGCACACCAGAACCAGGCUCUGAGAAAGAUCUAUAUUGCCCCAAAUGCUAUCAAGUCAGAAAUCAAAAGCAUCAUCAGGAUGAAUCCCUCUCAGGUCCCAUUCAUCAUCCUCGUCCACAUUCCACGACUGAUGCAAACGGCGCAGCAACCAAUGCGUCCUCCACCUCGUGGGAAAUAGCGGAGGAGAUGAUGGAUAGUUACCCUCUCUGCAUGGAAAUAGAUUUGAACCUGUUUGUGAACAAAGACCAACCAAAAAAUAAGCUUGAGACGCACGUAUUGACACACUGUACGUUUCGGGAAGUGGCUAGUUUUGCCGAAAGGUUGUCAGGAACAAAAAGUGGGAUCAUAAAUGAUGUCCUUCGACACAACUUCAUCAUUGGCAUGCCGGAGAGAGAAAUAGAUAUUGACACAGUGUUCUACAAAGAGAUCCUAGAACACGAUGACUUCCUCUCCUGGCUCAAUGAGGUAUUUGUUAUCCAACAUCCUAGUGUCAUCAGCAAAAGGAAACGGACGCGGGAUGCGCAUGGGAGUGAGAUGAUGCAAAGUAUCAAAAAAAGAAAGUUGUCACUGCUAACAAAAGCUAAACAAGAUGCCGUGAAUGUUCCAGCCAAGAAAAUGAACAAAGUUCGUUCGGUGCGACAAGUGAGAUACUUUUCAGAUGUAUACAAUCUGCAUUUAGUCGGCAGGGACAAAGUUAACGAGAAACUUCUGUCGCCUAAUGAGGACACGCAGUUCCCAACAAAUCCGGGGACCGUUGUGCAGACGGAUGAGAAGCUGUUGGAUACACGUUGUGACAGUCCUCUCUGGGUAAAACUGGAGAUAAAAGAGGAGGAAUAUGAUCCACGCUAUGGCAGUACGACUCCAGAACCAGACCCAGAGCGACAACGUUGUCCUCUUCUUGAUGUCAAAUCAGAAAAUUAGAAUCCUCAAUGUUUGCUGGACGAACCACAAGAAUCUGUCCGAUGUCCGAACACGGCGAGGACCACACAAACACUCUCAUACUCAUUGGAGCUGAGGUUACAGAUGCGAUGAGAGCACUUGGAGCAAAGAAGAGAGAGAACAUGUGCCCGAUGACUCUCACAGGUCUGGAGUUCACAAACAGGAGGUGAGCAUCACUUGAUGUUCUCGGUUAGAGCCGACACAGACAGGUUAGUUUUAGGCUGAACGGUUGCUAUGAAGAUGUAUCUGCUGGGGGAGAAUGUAGAUUAUUAUAAAUUGGUUUGAAAGUAUAUUUUAAAAGUUUACUAAACCUUUCCUAAAAAGAUGGAUCGAUCAGACUAAAAGGUUUCCGUGCAUUAGCUGUCAGUAUUCAUGUUUUGAAGCUUCGUUUUAAAGGCGGUUUGAUUGUGCCACAGUUGGACUUUAGUUAAGAUCUUUCCUUUUGUUCCGUGGGGAGAAACGGUCAUUUCUCAAGUUUGUAAGAAUUUGUGAAGUAUAUUUUUUACUUUAUUCAAUGGAUAGCAGAUACGUGUAUUACAUUGUUUGUUUUUUCAGUUGUUCAUCUUUACGUUUUCUACCACUUCAUAUGAUACUAUGCCUUUUCUGAUCUUUCACCUUCAGUCAUCCUAUUCUAUUUUUUUUACAAAUGGAAAUACUACAGUAAAUUACUAAAGUUCUUUUUCUUGAAGCUGUUAUGUAAAUGCAUAAAGAAUCAUUGAUUUCAUCAUAAUUUGAUUUACACAGCAGAAAGUAACAUUUCCUGUAUCUUGAUAUGUUGUCAUAAUUUUCUCUUCUGUUUAAGUUCAUUUUAUAAAAACAUUUUUAAAAGCA